GCUUCUUAACCCCAAUCUGAAACCCGGAGCGCAGGCGGGAGAGCGACGAGCGGGAGAUGGAGAUAAGGGAAAAUAGAGAAUUUCGUCCCAUAAACUUCUCCAGUUCCUGAGGGGCUUCUCGAGAAAGCGACAGAAGAGUGCGCUACCUAAUUCUGGACGAAUGGCUCAAGCUGCAAGGCUGAAUCUCAGAAUGCAGAAGGAGCUCAAGCUCUUAAUGACUGACCCACCUCCAGGGGUCUCCCUUCCUCAAAUUUCAGCUAAUGAGAACCUUUCAUCUUCCUCUUUGUCAAGCUUCGAGGCCCGGAUUGAAGGACCUGAAGGAACUGUCUACUCUAAAGGGGUUUUUACUCUCAAGAUACAAAUUCCCGAAAGAUAUCCUUUCCAACCACCAAAUGUGACUUUUGUUACACCCAUUUACCAUCCCAAUAUUGAUAAUGGAGGCCGGAUCUGCCUUGAUAUCCUCAAUUUGCCGCCUAAGGGAGCAUGGCAACCAUCCCUGAACAUUUCAACCGUUUUAACAAGUAUUGGCUUGUUACUUAGUGAGCCCAACCCAGAUGAUGGCCUCAUGGCUGAAGCUAGCAGGGAGUACAAAUACAACAGACAAGCUUUUGACCAAAAAGCCCGAUCUUGGACUGAGAAGUAUGCAGAUCCUGGAACUACUGGAAGGAUAAAUAGUUGCGGCAUCGCCAUGCCACAGAGGGAAGUUGAGAGAACAGAGAUCAUUACAGAAGAUGCAGCCAAUGAGAAUGAGGCGGGCCGGAAAAGACUCCGAUUGACAGGUGAGAAGUUGUCACUAAAAUCAAGAACAUCGGUUAAAGAGAAUCAGAAUUAUGACAAGGAGAAUGUGGCACCUUCUCGAUGGCUAUCAAUAUCGAGCUCUCAAAAUUUUCUUGUGGGUUCAUCUAGUGCUUCAUUGCCACCGCAUGCUACAACAGAUCAUAUUUGUCACAAUGCUGAGAAGGCUUUGAAUGGAAAUCACAAGCAGAUGAAGGAAAGCCCAAAGAUCAUGGAGACAAUUAUUGUUUCAGAUAGUGAAGAGAGUGAUGAUGAGGGUGGCAGACAUUCAAGAUCAAGACCGUCUCUUAAACAGAAGCAAAUAGCAGGAAAGUGGAGAGGUUAACAGGAAAAAUAUAAAUUAGGUCCAUGAUUUUCCACUGGGAUGGGCUGUCUUAAUGGUGGAUGAUUGCUCAUUUCCUCCAAAUACCAAGUUGCACAUUUACAAAGUCUGGGAUUUUUCAUUCUGUUCAGUCUUGUUACUAUAUGUUGUUUGCUAAAGAUAAGUGAUCUCAGUGUUAAAGGUUUGAGACUAGCCAUGGACUUUACAGACGUGAUGUGGAUCAGAAAAUUCUUGUAUUCUGGAGUUGUUGACAAGGUGCCUUGUUAUACAGUCCUAAAUGAUUCAUAUCAUGUCCCUUAGCUAGGAGUUUUUUUAUCAUGUAUCAUUUUGCACAAAUUUAUAAAAUGUCAUGUACUUAAACAUUUGCCAACGGAAGUAUCUUGGGAUUUUUAGAAUUACCAUAAA